AAAAAACUCUCUGCCUCACCUCCAUCUUCCCCACGCUUCCCAUUUCCUCCCCUCCACGUCUUGCUUUCAUCUCUCUGCUCUCCGCUUCGGAGCUUGGAGCACCGCCCUAUGGCCCAGGAGACCAGAGCCGAGUCGCCGGAGGCGACAGUGGCCGCCGUGGAGGUCGUCGUCGCUGAGGUGACGGCGUCGGAGAAGGAGGUGGUCGGUGAGCAGCCGAAAUCGGUGGCUGAGCCUGCCUCUGAGGUGGUGAAGCCAGUAAAGAACUCGGCUUUGGAGGUCGCUCUUGCCGCGGAGAAAGCGGCCGAGGUGGAGGAGAAGAAGGCGGCGGCGGCGGAGGAGGUUAAGGCGGAAGGGAUGCUGCAAGCUGUCUCCUUUAAGGAGGAGAGUAACCUUGUUUCGGAGCUCGAAGAUCCUGAGAAGAAGGCGCUGGAGGAGCUCAAGCUGCUCGUCCAGGCUGCGCUCGCGAAUAGUGAGUUCAGCCCUCCGGCUCCCGCCAAGGAGAAGGAGGCGAAGGCGAAGGCGGAAGGCGACGCUGCUUCUGGUCCUGAGGAGGAUCCCCUGAAGACUGUGGCGGCGGAGGAGGGUAAAGUUGAAGGAGACUCUGAGAAAGAGACCGCCGGAAAGGCCGUAGCGGCAGAGGAGGCUGAAGCAGGGGGCGAAUCUGCUCCUGCGCCUGGGGAGGAGGUCCCGAAAGAUGUGGUGACGGAGGCGGCCAAAACUGAGGGCGGACCCUCGGCCUCAGCAGAAGAGCCCCCGAAGGCCGUAGCAACAGAGGAGCCUCUGAAGUCUGUUGCGGCGGAGGAGCCGACCGCACCGACCGUGGAAGAAAAGCAGAAGCCUCCGGAGGCAGAAGAGAAGUCGGAUGACGACGGUGCUAAAACCGUCGAGGCCAUAGAGGAAACCGUCGUUCCCAUUUCUGCUCCUCCGCUCGCCGAGACCGAAACGCCUGCUGCAGAAGCUCCGAGGGAGGAGAAGGAAGAGGAAAAAGUCUCACCGCCUUCGCCAGAGAAAGUCAUCAUCUGGGGAGUGCCACUCCUCGCCGACGAGAGGAGCGACACUGUCCUCCUUAAGUUCCUCCGCGCCAGGGACUUCAAGGUGAAGGAAGCCAUGGCCAUGCUCAAGAACGCCGUACUCUGGCGGAAGGAGUUUGGCAUCGAGGCGCUCCUCGAAGAGGAUCUCGGCGUCCCCGAGUUGGAGAAGGUGGUGUUCAUGCACGGCGUCGACAAAGAGAACCACCCCGUCUGCUACAACGUGUAUGGCGAGUUCCAAAACAAGGAGCUUUACGCCGCCGCCUUCGCCGACAAGGAGAAGAGGCACAGGUUCUUGAGGUGGAGAAUUCAGUACUUGGAGAAGGGCAUAAGGAACUCGCUGGACUUCAAUCCAGAAGGCGUUUCCACCAUGGUCCAGGUCACCGAUCUCAAGAACUCAAUCGGCCUCGCGAAGAAGGAGCUCCGCCAAGCUCUCGACUUGCUCCAAGAUAACUACCCCGAGUUCGCCGCCAAACAGGUGUUCAUCAACGUCCCAUGGUGGUACCUGGCUUUCAACAGGAUGAUCAGUCCAUUCUUUACACAAAGAACAAAGAGCAAGUUUGUUUUUGCAGGACCAUCUAAAUCAGCUGAGACCCUCUUCAAAUACAUCGCUCCUGAGCAAGUUCCUGUUCAGUUUGGAGGCCUGAGCAAGGAGAAUGACCCAGAUUUCAGCACUGCUGAUUCUGUUACAGAGGUCGCCAUUAAGCCAUCAACCAAGCAUGUCAUCCAAAUUCCAGUCAGUGAGUCGAGCACCAUUGCUUGGGAGGUCCGAGUUCUCGGCUCCGACGUGACUUACCGCGCUGAAUUCGUGCCCGAGGCGGAGGAUGGAUACACCAUCAUCGUUCAGAAGGCGCGGAAGUUGAUCGCGACCGACGAACCAGUGGCGAAGGGCAGUUUCAAAAUCAGCGAGGCCGGCAAAGUGGUUCUCACUGUGGACAACAACACCUCCAAGAAGAAGAAACUACUCUACAGGUACAAGACCAAGAGCUCUGCGGAUUGCUCUUAAAUCAAGCAACCGUAAACUGAACGUGAUGAACGAAAUCACAUCUACUGUUUACCUUAUUAUUGUUCUCAGUUUUAUCUUCAAGUAAUUAGUCUGUAUGGUGUUUGUUGACUUGCUGGAGUCGAAUUCAUUUGUGGGUGUAAAUUGAAUUUUGUAUACGUUUUCUGUCUAUCAAUUUGAUUGCUUUUUGUUACUA